GAUGACACUCUAGUUUCCGUGACAACCGAGGUAAGCCAUUCUUUCCUGGCGGCAGAAACAUUUAACAAGGAUAUUUACAGACUGGAGAGAUGGAGUAACUGUAGAAACAUCGAGACUAGUCGGUGUCUGCUAUCAACAUUAACAUUAGAGGUGCAGAGGUCCUGGGUAUCUACAUUUGAAGCCGUUUGACCCCUGGAAGAACAGUGCCCUUCAGAAGCACGGAGCAGGGUAAAGGGUCUGCCGGGCAAGCAGUUGGAGUGUGCGAAUCAACAGAUCCAGCUACCAACAGGACCACACCUACCACGAUCCACGUGGCCUUGUAUUCCCCAGCAUAGUCCGUCCAAAACACGAGUUCCAGCGUCCCUGGGAGACUCAGGGGGAGAAGGACAGGCCAGACAAGCUGUGAAACCUUCGCAGUCCUCGGCAAAAAGGUGUGGGGAAGAACGCUGUUCUAGGCAAGAUCUGCCGCAGCUGCAGGUAUGACAGCCAGACCCCUCCACCUCUAUGAAUUACCUCUUGACAGGAAAGGCGAAUCAUAAUGGAGGCCACAUAUGUCCUCUGCAACUGGAAAGGCCUCUUCUGGCCAGCAAAGGUUUUAUCCAGAUCCGGGAUCCCGCCAACAAAUAAGAGAAAAAAGGCACUUUCUCUAGAAGUUCAAAUACUCUCAGUCGAUGAAAAAAUUAGAGUGAAAAGCACAGACAUAAAGAUCCUAACUGAGUCUCAAAUUGAAUCCAUGGCCUCCUCGCUAGUGGCCCAGUCGGAGGCCAGUGUCCCACCGGGAGAGGAAGCGGCCUACAGAAGCGCCCUUACAGUGGCCUGGGAGAUUCUGAGUGAGAGAGCAAAUCUGGGUCGGGCAAGAGCGUUAGACGAUCCAGAGACCACCACGCUGUCUCAGAAGAGACUGCAAAGGCCAUCUCGUAGAAAGUAUUGGAAGCCCAGAGGGAACUUACCGAGGAGCCUUGGGAAAAGCGAAAACCCCAAAUCACCGUGGGUACGUUCAGAGAGGGAGGGUAGCAAAUCACAGGUGCACACAGCCGUCGCUCGUAUUCCCAGGGAAAUGCGAACAACAUCCUCACAAAGCUCCAGCGUGUGCCCAAACUUCCCGUCACUUUCAGAAGAUGACCGUGAGAGAGAGGGCAAGGAAAAGAGGGACAGCUCAAGAGUUAUGUCCCUGCACUGCACAGCCAAGGAGGAGGGUGCAGGUGCUCAAGACGGAGGCGUCCUUCCAUCUCCGCCACCAGGUUUCAUCCUCACGGUGCCCAAGGCUCUGCAAGAAGGGACGCACAACAGCGGCCCAAAGACCCUGGCUGUCUCUUCUGAAUGCUCUACCUUCUCCGGGGGUGUUGAGGACCCUGGAGAGGGUGCCUGGAAGCCAGGCUUGGAAGGUGCGGCAGCAGCCUCCAGUGCCCCUAACCUGAGGCUGCGUUGUUCACUCCGUCUGGCAAAUAGAAAAAGGAAGCUUCAGGGACCAGAGUCUGAGAGACGACUGCAAGAACUUCGACCUUUAGUCGACUCAAAGGCGGUUAAUCCCACCACGACUCCUAAAAAAGAUGUCGGCAAGGAAGCAGGACAACCGACAAGCAUGGCCCUCCCUCGGGAGCCGGGUCCCAUUGAAAGAGGAAUGAUGGUCUGGUUUAAAUUUCAAAAUCACCCAUUUUGGCCAGCAGUGGUAAAGAGCGUCAGCCAAACAGAGCAGACGGCAAGGGUGCUUUUGAUAGAGGCAAACAUGCACCUCGAAAAGAGUGGCAUUCAAGUUCCUCUUCGAAGAUUAAAGCACCUGGAUUGUAAAGAGAAAGAGAAACUGAUAAAGAGAGCCAGGAAAGCGUAUGAGCAAAGUGUGAACUGGUGCUUCUCCCUGAUUUCCCACUACAGAGAGGGGCUCGGUCGCGGGUGUUUUGCGGGCUCCUUCCUGGACUAUUACGCUGCUGACGUCAGUUACCCAAUCAGGAAAGCCAUCCAAGAGGGCACUCUGGAGAUUGAUUUCCCACGGGUGAAUUACGACGACCUGGACGAUUCUGAGGAGGAGACAUCCCUGGGCGGGAAGAGGCCCUGCAAGAAAAUUCUCCCUGACCGGAUGAAGGCUGCUCGGGACCGAGCCAACCAGAAGCUAGUGGACUUCAUCGUGAAAAGAAAGGGGGCUGACCAUCAUCUUCUGGACAUCGUCAAAGGCAGGAAGCAGUCCAGGUGGCUGGCAUCAUUUCUGAAUUCAAACAGGUACGUGAUCUGCGUUGAAACGUACCUGGAGGAUGAAGACCAGCUGGAUGUGGUGGUAAGACAUUUACAGGAAAUCUACAAGCAAAUGGACAAGAGAGUGCUGAAUCGGAUCAGAGAUGACCGAGUGAGUUUUGUUGUGGAAGUUCUUCUGCCAGAAGCAAUCAUCUGUUCAAUUGCUGCACUUGAUGGAUUAGAUUAUAAGGAGGCAGAAGAAAAGUACCGGAAAGGGCCACCCGUGCAUUCCCGGGAAAAAGAACUAUUUGAUAAAAACCUCUUAAAGGAAAUGAGAAAGAGGUCAGCAAGAAGGAGCAAGGCUCAAUAACUCCCCCCGCCCCCCGUGCCCACACCUCAGCAGGGAGGCCUCCUGUAUAUACCCUUACCGAGAAACCCUGUCUUUACGAAAUCUGUGACCCUUCCAUUCUCUAUGGCACGUAAAUACGUUCUGGAAAGUCGAGACCUCGGGAACGGGCUGGAUUCAUUUUGGACCCAUCCCUAGCAUUUGUGGGUGUCACGGUCAUCAUCAUUUCUUGCUCCCAAGCUCUUCACAGACUAAUUUGUUAAAAUAUUGCAAACAGUUGUAUUUCCUUCUACUUGCCCGGAUGUGUCUAUCGUCCGGGUGUUUUCAUGACAUUGCUUUUGGCUAUACUUCGUAUUUUAAUACGGGACUCCCAUUCUUUUGUUGCACGAAAAGGCCCCGGUGUCAGAUAUUAAGCAACGGUCAUUUUUAAAAUCCAAGAUACACUUUUACGGAAACAUCACAUCGACUUGUCAUCCUUUUCAUGAUACAUCGGUAUAAAUGAUUGAAUUCCUUUUUAAGACAGCUCCUGAAUUUUCCCUGCCAUGCUUAUUUGCUUGGAAAGAUAGACUCAAGAGGUAAAACCAAUGACAGAGAUGUUUUCUGUCUAUCAUCACUACCUUCAGAUGGUUCUUGGAGAGGCAAUCUGAAAUCCAAACAAAGUUAAUGGAUCAUCUGCAUGUAGUCCACGUGUGGGUGAGUGAAAUCUCAGCACACAGUCAACAUUUUGUCGUCAGCCUGCAUAAGACUUUUAACUCUACGUUUCCCCGAGAUUCCAUUGAUGGGAAUAGCUCUUCUUCAAUGGCUGAAUGGUUCCCCCAAACAGACAGGCUUCUGGCUGUCUUCCUAACUGACCGAAUCCCCUACAUAGAGCCCACUGUCCCCUGGUGGAAGACAACUGGAGUCAUCGUGUACACAGUCAAGCUACUCUAGACCCGGGAGUCCAGGCUGACUGCUAGGAGCCCAUCCAGAUGGCAUAAAUUGUAGGAAAGCGAGCACUUUGUUCUGGGCCUGUGUCCCCUGGAAAGCAGGCAUGUGUCUCAAACCAAGCAAGCUUUAGCUUUUGACUUCUUCAUCAGCUAGCUCCGACAGAUUCCAUCAGUAUAAAUGCAGACGGGUAAGUCAUUCCAGGCUGCCUGAGCAGCAGAUGGACCGGGAUCUGGGAACUGGGAAUCGGGCUACAGAAAAGUCUCCAUUCGGCUGAGUACGGCUGUUGUCGGGAUACAAUGAAACGUAUGUAAUUCAAAGAUAGAUUCUGAAGCCAUGAACUGUUUUCCUAAGUCGAAACAAGAUUUUUUUGAGGGGGGGAAAAAAAAUGUUAGAAAAGCUAGUUUACUUUUAAAAACUGGAUGUGAAAAUAAACACGAAAGGUUUAACCUGAACCCGAGUGCAUUUUGAUUCUUGGAGGGAGUCAACAGCCACUCACGGGCCCGUGUUAUGUGUUCACAAGGCCGCGUGACUUUCUUUUCUGGGUAAAAUU